AUGAUCCUCCGCCCAAUCCAGUUCCGUCCCGCAAAUGGACACUUUCUGCCGCAACUCCUGCUCAAGCAGCCUCUUCUACAUCGCUCCUUCCACGCCUCGCCAAUUCGUUGCGAGGCCGGACUNCCUGACCAUUAUGCGACUCUGGGUAUAGACACGACCGCCUCUGCUGGAGACAUCAAAAAGUCAACAUCACUCCACCAACCCACUUCUCCCACGCUGACAUUCUGCACCNNCAGACAAUUCUUCCAGCUGAGCAAGAAACACCACCCCGAUCACAAUCCCGAUGACCCCAAAGCCGCCGACCGCUUCGUCAAGAUCUCCGAAGCCUACCAUGUCCUAGGCAGUGCCGAUAAACGAGCACGCUACGACCGCGACUUCCUCCGUUCAUCACAGCCCUCCUCCCAUCCACAAGGCUCAUACAGCAGUACUGGACCCGCAGGAGGACGCCCGGCCACAGGUCUCAGCCGACGACGCACACAGUUCAAAGGCCCACCUCCUUCCUUUUACCGCAGCGGCGGCUGGGGCAACUUUAGCCAGAAGCGAUCAGAGUAUGCCUCGCAGGGCUCGCAUCAGCAUGAGGCUGCCGGCAGCAGUGCCCAGGACGCUCCUGGCACCGGUCCUUCUGGCUACCAGGCCGGCUUCAACAACGACGUACCGCAUUUCGAUCGCGACGGUCAUUUCCGUACUCACGACAAUGUCAUGAAGAACAGACACAAGGCAAGACGGCGAAGCGGUACCAUCACUACAGACGACAUCAUGGGAAGCACGAGCAUGCUAUUCAACUUUGUCCUUUUGAGCAGCGUCUUGACCGUCAUCUUUGGUGUUAGCGGCAUCUUGUUCAGAAAGACUGACGAAAAGAAGAAGAUUGCUGCUUGA